GCGGGCGGGCACGGCGGGCGGCCCCGAGCGGCCUCCGAUGAGACGCGGCGGCAAGAGGCGGCGGCGCCGGCCGCGGGCCGCCUGGGGCGGCGGCGACGGAGCGGAAGGAGGGGCCGGGCUGGAGGCGCUGGAGGAGAAGGUGGUGUACUCGCGGUCGCAACUGUCGCUGGCCGGCAGCACCGAGGCGCUGGGCGACGCCUUCAAGCUCUUCAUGCCCAGCAGCACGGAGUUCAUGAGCUCGGAAGCGGAGCUCUGGAGCUUCCUCUGCAGCCUCAAGCACCAGUUCUCCCCGCACAUCCUGCGCAGCAAGGACGUCUAUGGCUACUCCUCGUGCCGGGCGCUGGUGCCCGACCCCCCGGCGCCCGCCAGCCGGCCCGCCCGGCGCCCGCGCCCGCGCGCCGCGCCCAGGAGGAGGCGCCGCGGAGCUCGGGCCGCCGCGGGCACCCUCGGGCCGCGCCCCGCCGCCGGCGAGCCGGAGCCGCCCGUGUCCUGCUUUGGGGGCCGCACCCUGGAGGAGAUCUGGAGGGCCGCCACCCCGACGCUGACCAGCUUCCCGACCAUCCGCGUCGGCGACGACGUGUGGGGCGAGCGCAGCCUGGCGGUGGCGCGGCGCAGGGCGCGCCAAGUGCUCCGAGUGGACCUGGACCCGGUGGUGAGGCUGCGCCGCUUCCCGGUGCCCCGGGCGUGACGCGCGCCGCGGCGCCUCCUGCCGGCCGCCGCCCGAGCGAGCUCUGCGCUGGAACGGACUAAUGUCAGUCGAAUGUUUACAGAACCGGCCCCC